GUCCCAACAAAAGAUCGAUAUGUGAUGGCGUCUCAAUCCAACCUCCAGGUAAACAGCGCCGCGGGCGUGGCACCUGCCAAACUUUUCCUGAUGAGCUCCAGAAGAUGCGACUUCCUCCAAUUCCAGACAGGUCCAGGUUUUUACUUGUUGUAGUGACUAUCAAGUCCCACUUUUAGUCACCCUCGGGUGCGGGUGGAGACAAUGACUCGCUUCAACAAUAUUGUCCAGGCAGAAAGCGGGUUUGGGUUUAUUGUCCCAUUUAUUGAAUAUGUUGACGAUCACAAGCUGGGUCCAGAAUGGCUAUUUCUUGUCCAGGUUUAUGUAAAUGAUGAAAGUUAUAACGGCAAAUUAGAUGUGGCAUAUGAAACCAAAUGAAGCGGUAAAAACUGUGUGACCUCCCGUCACCCAGAAAACGCCAAUGCACUGUCACCUCAACACCUUUAUAGGCUCCGCAGUGCCACCAGUGGUCAAAGGAAAUACAAACCAUAGUGUAAUAAACUGAAAUGUACAUAAAACAUUAUCAAAAUAAACUUAGAUAAUAAUAUAAUCUAAACCAAAACAAUAUUGGCUCCUACAAUAAACUUUAAGUAACAUUAUAAGUUUACUUGUUGUCAGAAAGGGUUAUAGUUAUGGCACUUCUACAAGAUCCAUUUGUAAAGUUACCCCACUCUUAUUUUGGUGGUCCAGUUUGUGACAUCACUUCCUCUAGAUAGUCACUUCCUGUAAAGCCGUUUCUACCAUUUUGUCCAAGCUGUUGGUGAUGGCAGACAGCCUCGUGUGCGUUCAUGACUGACAUACCACACGGAACCAAAGAAAUGUACAGAUGUCCAUACUUCAACUGUCAUUAAAUACGUAAAACUGUCUCUCCGUGCCCUGCUCUCUGACCAGAGCCCUUAUCUUGAAGAUACUGUCAGAUCAGCAAAUAACUUCCAGAGUUCCCACUCUAUCACAUGGUCCUUCGAGCCGGAUCCACAGUCAUCUAGAGAUAUUAUGGAGGAGCUAGGACAACCAUCUGCAGACCCAGCAGUGCGUACUAGAUCCCAGCGGGAGAGACGACUACCAACAUAUUUGGAGGACUAUGAAGUUGGAUAUCAACCUCAACUUCUCCAUCAUCCAGCAGCCCAAGCUCCAGCUGGGCAUGAAGCUCAUCCUCCAGAUCAACCUGCAAUGAUGACAGCUGCUAUUACUGGAGCCAUACCUAGCCUACCUAGUAGGAGAGCAUCAUCAGAUCAAAGCCAAUCUGUCUCUCAGCACAGUAAAGCUAAGACCCAGGGCAGCGCCAGUUCGUCAACAAGGAGGUCAAUCAUCGAUGGGUUAUCUGACAUACAGACAGCCAUGUUGGAGGAGAGAAUAAAGCGCAUGGAGUUGGCAGAGGUGCAAAGACAGAUAACGGAGGAAAAUCUGAUGGAUGAACAGUACCAGCAUCUGGACCAGCAAGCUCGGGAAGCCCUCAGAAGAAGAGAGGAACUCCUAAGAGAACAAGAAAUACAGAGGCGUAAGCUUGAUGAAGAGGCAGAAAUAGCAUUAAAGGCAAAGGAGGCUAUUACCAGACGGCUAAUGCUGCAACGUAAACUAAAGGAAAAGGAAAUAGAGUUAGAGAAAGCGACUCUCAUUACAUCCCUCCUGAAGGAGGAAACGAGCAGCUCUGUUGCCUCAAGACCGCAAAGUGGAGAUGAAUCCAACAAAGGGUUCCCAGCUGACGUCAUGGGAGUACCACCACCCUCACAAGGUGCACAUGGACCUGCACACUCUGCUCCUACAGUUAUUGGCCUUCCACCAGCCUUUACAGCAGCAGUGCAUAAUCCUCCUGUCUCAACAAGCCAAUUAACAACUAGAGCUUCGCCUAUCCUUCAACCGCAACCUCCUGUCAUGGUAAACCUGCCGACCCAGCCACAAUUCACAUACUCCACGAUAGCUCCGCCCACCACAGCACAUACCAUCCCUCAGCCUGGUACAACACUGUCAGUUGGUGCUAUAUUACCUCAUGCUGGACCACCAGCCUUAACAGUGCAGUCCACUGCUCCCCUAAACAAGCUACCGGCAGUCUAUAACCAGGCUCCACAUCAGCAUGUACCCUGGCCUUAUUCACAACAACAGCCAGUACAACCUGAUGCAGCCCUGCAGCAUCACUCUCCUCCCAGCAUACCACCUUUGCCACAAGAGACAGCUCCUCCUCCAGGCUCAAUCGCUGCACCUAGUACAGGCCUAAUGGAGCUAUUAAUAGCUACUUCAUAUGGACUUCCUAAGCCUGCUUUACCCUACUUCACAUCUGGAAGAGAGGCAGACUUUGCACUGCUCAAAAUGGCUCUAGAUAACCUGCUAAGCUCACAUGCUCACCUCACCAAACCAUUUAAAUAUCAAGUGUUGUUGCAGCAUUUGAAGCUGCCUAGUGCUCACAAGCUAGCACAAGCCUUUAUGUAUGACCCGAAACCAUACACAUCGGCCCUACAGGCACUUCAAGAUAAAUACAGGCAACCCCGCCAGCUUGUGCAAAGUGAGCUAGGAGCCAUCCUAAACUUACCUCCAGUUAGGUUUGGUGAUCCAGAUGGAUUUGACAACUUUGCCCUCUCAGUACAAGCUUUAGUAGGCAUGCUCCGAUCGCUAGAGGGUGAAAAUGGCUACGAACUUAAAUGUGGCUCUCAUGUUGAUAGGCUACUUAACAAAUUGCCCGCUAACUACAGAGACAGCUUUGUUGAGUAUAGCUUGAACAGUGGCAUUCUGACAACUGGGACUGAUAAGACUUAUACCCUGUCAGAUUUCUCCACAUGGCUCCAGUUGAAAUCACAAGCCAAGCAAAUCGCCGCUAGAGCAGCGUACAUGUGUCAAGAUCAACCAAAGCUGAGGAAUCAGAAGAAACCUCAGGGUCCUUCAUCCAAUGUGUACUACAACACAGAGAGCCAGGCUAAAGCCACACCUCCAGAUCCAGCUGGCCAUAUAAGUUCACCUAAGCCUAAAUCAGGUCCUAAACCUUACUGCCCUUAUUGUGACAACAGAGGACAUUACCUGAGCCUGUGUCCUAAAUUCAAAGCUCUUUCAGCAGCUGAAAUUGCCACAUGGAUCAAACACAGAAGCUGCUGGCGGUGCGGCAGGAAUCAUGCACCUGAGGUUUGUACGCUAAAGAAGCCCUGUAAAUUUUGUAAGCAACAACAUCUUACUGUGCUCCAUGACGUGUGCCCUCAAGAACCGAAAAAGGUGUUAAUGGUCAAAGCUGCUUCUAAUACAGUGUACAUUGACCGUCCAAAUCACCCAAAUAAAGUCAUGCUCAAGUUGGUCAAAGUAUGUCUACACAACGCUGAGUAUUCCCUGGAAGGCUUUGCUACCCUCGAUGAGGGGUCAGAGAGGACUCUCAAGGUUGGUUUAUGCUUGACGCGUCCGCGACGUCCGCACGGCUCCGCGCGGAAAAGUUGCGUCAUUUUAACAACCACGCCCCUCCACCGCGUCUCCGCACGGCCCAAGAUUUCCGCAACGCGCACCUCGGAAAAUUUCUAACCAUGCGGACGGUCGGACGCGGAAAAACAUGGCGGACCGGCACGGCAGAGGUUCGUAAAUACAGACAUUUGUAUGAUUCAGCUCUCAGAGAUCGCCGUGAUCAACAUGUUGUUAAUAAUUCUUGGAGAGAAAUAGCUCGCACUGUCGGAAAAGACGAGAACACUGUUAAAAAAGCUGAAAUGCCAUGUUGUAAACAGUGAUUUCU